AUGUCCAACUUGCUACCACUUCUGCCCUCGCACUUCACGCCGCGCGAACGCUCCUACUCGCAAUCUGCCGCCCUAGCCAGAUCCGCAUCUGCAUCCCCGUCUGCAUCCACGGCCCGCCCGCAGUCCGCAGUUCAAUUGCCGCCGCCAGGCCACAACCUCGCCAUGAACGGGACGCCCAGUCAAGGGUCGGGCCUACGGUACCCCUCGAACAAGAAGACGAUAUACGACCGCAACCUGAACCGGAGCAAGAAUGCAGAGCUCAGCCGCGCAGCUUUUGCAUACCUCUUCAUCGAAAUGAUUGCCUAUGCGCAAAAGGGCGCAAAAGACGUGGGUGGCUUGGAGCAAAGACUAAACAGCCAAGGCUACCCCAUCGGCCUCCGUCUCCUUGACCUCCUCCUCUCCCGCACCGCUAACCCCCUCGCCUCGAUCCGCCCCACGCGCAUCCUGCCGCUCCUCCAAUUUAUUGCUCAACAACUGUACCGCUACCUGUUUGGCCGCCCCGCCGACGCCCUCGAAAAGUCGGGCACAGACCCAGGACAGUAUAUGCUGUUCGAUAACGAGCCCAUGGUCAACCAGUACAUUUCGCUACCAAAGGAGCUGUCGAGUCUCAACUGCGCGGCGUUUGUGGCGGGCAUUAUCGAGGGCGUGUGUGACGGUGCGGGGUUCCCGACUGAGGGUGUCACGGCGCAUAGUGUAGGCGAGGAGGAGGGUAAGGAUGGGAAGGGGCUUUGGCCUGGGAAGACGGUGUUUUUGAUCAAGUUUAAGCCGGAGGUGCUGGAGAGGGAGGAGAUCUUGGGCAGGGGUGGGGGAUGA